AUGCCUCCCAAACGGUCGCUGGCAGGUCUUGACAAGGGGAAGAAGGAAUGGGCGUACAAGGUGAUAACGGAGAUUCCAGGACAAACGGAGGCUUUCGUGGUGGACGGCUUUGGUGUGCCUGUUAGACUGAGGCAAGAUAGUCGGACAUACUUCUUAACACACUUCCAUGGAGAUCAUACUUGGGGUCUCACCAAGGGCUUCUGUAGGGGUACUAUAUACUGUUCUCCUAUCACGGCUGAGCUGGUAAUACAAGUCAUCGGUGUUGACCCCUCUCGAGUGGUGAAGUUGGAGCUGGGUGAGCCUACCGAAAUAGCAGGAAUUAAAGUGACCUGUAUAGAUGCCAAUCAUUGUCCGGGAGCAGUCAUGUUCCUCUUCUGUGGCACUGGAGGCUGGACGGGUCUGCAUACGGGAGACUUCCGAGCUUCUGCUGCUUUGUUGAAGACUGUACCGGCGUAUGGUGUCAUCAAUACGGUGUGGCUUGAUACUACGUAUUCGGAUAGGAGAUUCGUUCACCCAUCGAGGGAAGAAGCUCUAGAUAUGAUUUCCAGAAUUGUCACUAAAGAGAAUGAGCCUGGUACGAUGUUCGUUGUCGGCGGGUAUAGGUUGGGGAAAGAAUCUUGUGCAGUGCGGAUAAGCGAAGUUCUGGGGAAGAAAAUUUUCGUACCGAAAAAAAGACGCAAAAUUAUGGAGAUAUGUGGCGCCAUUCCAGAGAAGUUGAUAGCAGAGAAGGAAGACUAUGGAGUGGUCUUCGAUGCGAUGGGCCGGGUCGGGAGCUCGCCGGAUUCCCUGGCCGACUUUCUUGAUGCCGGUUACUCUAAGGUGGUUGGAUUCCGUUGCACUGGGUGGACUCGGAAGGAAUCUUGUUGGCGCAGUAGUAAAUUUCCAGGCUGUGUGCUGUACUCCAUACCAUACAGUGAACAUAGCUCCUUCACAGAACUAGUAGAGUUCCUCAAGCAUGUACAGCCGAGGAGGGUCAUAGGGACAGUGGGGAGAAGCCUGGUUGAUCGAGAGGCUCAGGUUACAGCCGUUGCUGGAGGUAUCAUGCUCCCUGAGCAUCGAGGAAGGCUAGAGAGCUACUUCUAUGGUAAGCCUAGGAAAGCUGUGAAGUGUAACGCGAGUGAACGAAGUGAAUUAACGACUGUUAUCGAUUUGACCAGUGAUGAAUGA